AUGGCUCCGAUCAAGCGGACUCGAGUCGAUCCGCACCAUGUCCCCGCCUCGAGUGCGCCUUCAGGUUCACAGCCUGGCCCGAGAAAGAAGGUGCGCACUUCGGAUGUCCUAGCAGUCCGAGGCGACAGUGACAGUGACAGCGACAAUGACUCUACCAAUUCCUCCCCUGCCUCGACUCCGUACGACCCCGCCCCCGCCUCCGAGCGCGGCGGCACAAACCCAGACCACAACCCCAGCGAACCUGAAGCCGAGCCCGAGUUUGAAUCCGAAUCCCCAACCGAACUCCCAUCCGAACCCGACCUCGACGAGGAAACCAUCGAGCACCGAGCGAGCCAAUACGUCCAGAAGAAAUUCUCGCAAAACGUAGAAAACGUGCCCGCAGAGCAUGGCAUCAUCGAGCGAGUAGACUGCUACAAUUUCAUGUGCCAUGAACAUUUCUCCGUCGACCUAGGCCCGCUGAUAAAUUUCAUUGUGGGCAAGAAUGGGAGUGGGAAGAGUGCUAUUCUUACGGCUCUCACUCUCUGUUUGGGCGGGAAGGCGUCCGUGACGAACCGGGGUCAGAGUUUGAAGAGCUUUAUUAAGGAGGGGAAGGACUCUGCGACUAUUGUGGUUCGCAUUAAGAACCAGGGAGAUAGCGCAUAUAAUCCCAACGAAUUCGGAAACUCGAUCAUUAUUGAGCGACAUUUCUCCAGAAGCGGCGCGAGCGGUUUCAAAAUUAAAAGUUCCUCCGGUCGAAUUGUGUCCACGAAGAAAUCGGAACUUGACUCUAUCACAGACUACUUCGCCCUUCAGAUUGACAAUCCCAUGAACGUCCUCUCCCAAGACAUGGCUCGCCAGUUUCUAAGUAGUUCCAGCCCAUCGGAAAAAUAUAAAUUUUUCGUCAAGGGAGUCCAGCUUGAGCAGCUAGACCAGGACUAUCGCUUGCUUGAAGAGUCGAUUGACCAGACUGAAGCGAAAUUGUCGAUUCAUUUGGACCAGAUAAAGGAUUUGGAGGUCAAUAGGAAUAACGCCAGGGCGAAGCUCGCGCUAUCGGAUAAGAAUGAGACUAUGCGGGCUAGAAUAAGAAAUUUGAGAGCUCAGAUGGCGUGGGUACAGGUUGAAGAACAGGAAAAGAAUCGAGAUUCGUGCGAUGCACAACUUGCGGAGGCAACUCGGAAGAUUGCAGAUCUCGAGGCUGAACUGGUGAAAGCCGAUGAAGUUUAUCAAGAAGCUGAUCGUGAACACAAUGUAGCUUUUGAGGCAGUUCGAGCAGCAAGAUCUGAACUUGAAUCUCACGAGGAUCGAGGAAAGGUUGCAAAGGAAAGUAUGACUGAGGUUCUAAAAGAGCGCCGUGAGCUCCAGGCAACACAACGCACGAUCCGCGAAUAUUUGAAGGCGGCCGAGUCUGCCAUCGCAGAAACGCAACGAAAAAUAGACGAAGAAAAACGGCGACUUGAGGAUUUAGAUGGUGGGAACCAUGCUAGGAGGUUGGCGGAACUCGAGGAGAGGAAGUCUCAAGCCGAAGAAGCGCACAAUAGAUUCAAUGCGCACAGAAAAGACGUUGAUCGCUUACAAGAGGAUCUGAACAGAGCGGAACGAGAAUUCCAAGGGAAGCGUGAACCGGUCAUCAAGCAGCGGUCUGAUGUAGAGCAAGCUGAAAAUCGACUUCGCAGCCUCGUGCGGGACAGAGGACAACAGCAAAACGGUUUCCACGAAAAGAUGCCUAUGUUGUUAAGGGCUAUUGAGCAGGAGCAGUACAAGUUUUCGAGGAAACCUGUCGGGCCUUUGGGGAGCCAUAUACGGCUGCUGAAGCCGAAAUGGUCUGGAGUCCUUGAAAGCGCGCUGGGUGCAAACCUGGCUGGGUUUGUGGUGACGACGAAGAGUGAUUCGAACACUCUAUCGGCUAUCAUGAAGCGGGUUGGAUGUGAAUGCCCGAUUUUCAUCGGGAAUGAUAAUGGGACCAUGGAUACGUCCCCCAACGAACCUGACCCCCAAUUCGACACAGUGUUGCGCGUUUUAGAGAUCGAUAACGAUUUGGUUCGAAGACAGCUGGUUAUCACCAAUGGCAUUGAGCAGGUUCUACUCAUUGAGGACUUGGAAGAAGCUUCCGCGGUGAUGUUUGAUGGCCCUCGGCCGAGAAAUGUGAAGCGAUGUUUCUGCAUCGACCGGCGAGAUCGGCGAAGAGGGAUUCAUUUAUCUUUUAGCCGGACGGGGGAGCCCACACAAUCUCCAGUCCAAGCGUAUACAGGACGACCCCGGAUGAAAACUGACAUAGAGUCACAAAUUAGGAUACAACAAGAUGCUGUCAAUAGCUUGAAACAGGAUCUCCUCGAGCUUGAAACCCAAGAACGAUUAGCGCGCACCCAUUUUGAAAAAUGCAAACAGGCACUCUACAGACAUAAAAAACAGGUGGAAGAUCUAAGGACCGCCUCGCAAAAAGCGGAGGACAGCGUUGAGGAGCUUCAGAGUGCAAUUGACGGAGAUACAACUGAAGAUGGCCGGCUAGAAGGUCUGCACACAUCUCUACAAGAAAGCGAAGGAGAGAAACGCACUUACGAGAGCUCUUUCGAAGACAGCGUCAACAAAAUGGACAGCAUAGUUGAAAUCGUCAAAGAGAAGAAACAAGAAGUGGCGCAAAUUGGACUGGAGAUAGCUAAAUAUCGGAAAAAGCUCGAAGAGCUUGAAGGGGAAGAGUCCAGGAUGCUAGAGAAACGGAGAAAAGCUCUCACUGAUAAAAACGUCGUUGUUCAUAGGCUUGAGUCUGUGAAGGGGGACAAGGAAUACAUAGCGAGGAAGCGCCAGGAACUCGUUGAUAUCAUCUUGGAUUUUAGUGCUAAAGCAAGUUCCAUUUCUCCGCGUGUGACCGUUCCUCAGGGUGAGACGGCGAAUAGCCUUGAUAAGAAACUCAUGAGAUUAAAAAGGGACCUUGAUCGGUUUGAUAAGGAUUUGGGAGAUCGGGAGAAGAUUGCCACCGAAGCAGCCGAAUCAGAGGAGAAGUAUGAAAGUGCUAGGCGGCAGGUUGCUGAGCUUGAAGAGCUUGCGCAGAGGUUCAAAAUCACAUUGACAAACCGGCGAAAACGAUGGGAGAAUUUCCGCUCUCUCAUCACUGCCCAAGCUAAACUCCAAUUUACAUAUCUGCUGAGCGAGCGAAGUUUCCGCGGCCAGAUUCUAUCAGAUCACACGAAGAAAUUGCUUGAUAUCCAGAUCGAGCCGGACAUCACCAAGGACAGUGCCAGAGGGAGAAAUGCUAAAACUCUAUCCGGAGGGGAGAAGUCGUUCUCGCAAAUAUGCCUUUUGCUAUCGCUCUGGGAGGCUAUGGGGUCACCGAUCCGCUGCUUGGAUGAAUUUGACGUAUACAUGGACCAUAUUAACCGGCGAAUGAGUAUUGAAAUGCUGAUGAUCGCCGCAAGACGGUCCGUUGGGCGGCAGUUUAUUUUCAUUACGCCCGGCGCACGGCAUGAAAUCCAGCCCGCGCCAGACGUUAGAGUAAAAGAGCUCGCUGAACCGGAACGAGGCCAAACGACACUGUCGUUUGCAUGA